AUGGCUUGGAUGGAUCGAUUUGACCCUGAGGAUGGUCCAAGGCACAUGGGCAUCCAGGAGCACGUCCUCUACGCGAAUGCCUCAUGUGGGCCUGAAUGUGACUUGCCAACAACACUAUACGAGUUCUCGUCGAGCUUGGGGGUGCAUGGAGGCAGCAGGUGCACCUGUUACCAUGUGGAGCACAGCUUUGCACUGGGAAAGAGCCGGAUUUACAGGAUCGACCAUGGAAAGUUUCACGGAAACCCUCCUGAAAGCUUUAGGCUUGAACUGGAAAGCACGAGCAUGGAGGGGCAAGUCCAGCGAGAUUUGCAAAUCGAGGUCUUCAUCCGUGAGCAGAAAGGCCACAAGCAACUUUACUCGCUCAAGAAUCAUAAGAUCUAUUCUCCGAUUUCCAGCGCUUGGUUUGAUUCCGAGUUCUUCUACAGAACAGAGCCAGCGCGGAGGGAGGGUCAACUGCAGCACCUGGACCUGGUCAUGUGCUUGGCCAACACUCAUGUGGUGCCCAAGUAUGAAGCAGGCACGGCAUUUUCAUUCCCAAUAUUGCCGCCGAGCAGUGGUUGCCUGACGAUAUCUGCAGACACCCAGCUUGACGAUGCCCUCUGCAACGUUGGCAUCAUCAGCUGGCAUACUCGGUGCUUGCGGGAUCAAGCGGCAUGGCCUGCAGUGGGCCUCAGAUCUGUUUCUGGCAGACAGCAGAUAUUGCUGGGAACCCUUUCCGAGAUUCGCCAGCUGUGUCCAGACGAGAUGUUCUCUUUUCCAGAUUUUGCACGUAUGACUGCUUCUGGCUUGGUUGGGCAGGUCUCGUUUCUAUUGCAGCAGGCUGGGAUUUUAGCAUUUUUGGAUGAAGAUGUCGAUGGAGCCACUCGCCUUGCCUGUGUAGUCCUGGACAUAUUCGAUUCUGUACGUCUGGCUGUGCCGAGUCUGUUGCAACAGGCGAAAGAAGUCGCCCAAGAUAUGCUGAGUCGUGAUUCUGGCCAUCUUCCACUGGCCGGAGCUUCCCUUUUCAUGGACGAGUUUGUGAUGGAAACUCUGCAGGUUCACAUGCUCGCCGUCACGAUCGGCAAGCAGCUCGAAGAGGAGACCUACGAAGACAUGCAACGGGUGCGACUACCACUCAUCUUUGGAGACGAGUAUCAGAGAUGGAGCAGCUGGCCUGCAUUGCGGAGUCCUGUGGUCGCACAGAUGGCAGCCAUGCGGCUUUCAUGCUUGGUCCGAGCGGCCCUGAGAGGAGCAGGCACUCGAAAGCUUGAAAUCGCGGAAGUGCGUCGCGUUUUUAAGGAUUUAGCUCCGCUGCGGCGCAUGCGGGACAUCUUCCAGCACUUCCUGCAGAAGGAUCCCUACAACACGUUAGAAUUUCUGGACCUCGAGCUUGACCAGAUGGAUUAUGAUUCGACCGAGGGCAAGCACCAUGGACACUGGCCAAAAUGCAGACAGCGAGACUGUUUACUCGGCAGCGGCGUAGAGCUGGUCUCAAGGAGCCGACAGCUGCUGCUCCCGGUUCCUUCCAGAGCCCAUGGCUUAGCAGCGGGCGAAGAUGAGAUCAAGCUCGCUCUCCGCGUGGACCCGAACCUCGGUGCAGGGUUGGAUCUGGUCCCAAUGCGGUGGGGCAUGCGGGUCGAGACCGUCGAGAAGCAACCUGGUCAAGUAGGCCUGUCACCCGGAGAUAUCAUAACUGCUGUUGAUGGCAUGAUGUUGGGCUUUGCUGACGAGGAUGCAGUGCAGGAGGUCUUCGCCGCCCUCUUCCGUGAUGGUGCAGAGCUCACUAUCAGUUUGCGACGUGUGCAGACAGUGCUGCUGCCUCCUGAAGCCAACACAUGGCCAUCCAGCUUUGAGGAGGACAUCUACAUAAUGUCGGAAGAGUUCGGCAUUGAGGCGACAUUGCUGGGAGCUAGCAUCGCGAUAGUUGGGCCGUCACUGGUGAUAACUGAAGCUAAGGAGGAGCUGCAGCACAUCUUCACUUUCUAUGCAAAUAACCGCCAGAGGAGCGACUCUGUGACUAGAAUGCAAGACCAUGACGAAUCCAUCAUCUGGGAAGACCCAUGGCUCGUCAAGUUUUCCCAGGCUAGCAUAUCCCAAACCUUCCGCAUGGGCAUCGGGGUCGACCAGACGAUUCACGACAUCAUGCUCGAUCGAUCCAGGAAUGACGCCGGAAGAGCUUCCCCCAUUGGAGCUGGUGAGACACACAGACGGCCAGCUCUACUCACUGUCCAACCGAAGACUCUUUGUCUUCCGCGUCCUCAGAA